AACUUUGCUGCCAGCACGGUUUAUAUUUUAAAUGGGCAUUUUUCGGGUGCUAAUAAAUGAGCAAGAAGAAAGUUGAUUGUCUAGAAGGGAUUCAACAAAGCUAUGGUCUAAAUAGUGAUUUCAAUUAUUUUGAUAUGAGACAGGCUUCAAAUAUUGGUACUUGCAAUCAGCCACUUGCCAUGGCAUGUGGUGGAGGAAUGGAACAGCAACCAUAUUUAGGCCAAGCCAAAUCAUCUAGCAGCAUCAUUAGCCGUUUUGAGUCACCAGCUUCAGCCUUCUAUGCUACAGAAUUCUUCAUGGGCUUCCCACAAUAUGAUAGCCAAGUUGGUAAUCCCUCUUUGAUAUCUCAGUUCUCUAAGGUUAAUGAUAUGGAGUUCCCUUUGUAUCAAUCUCCUAGGGAAAGCCUUUUCUUGGAUUCGCCAGCAAACCAACCUGGCCACAACUUUGAGUGGUCAAAUCCCUCGCAAACAAUGCUGAAAUCUCAAUUGAACAGUGAUCAAUGUUGUAUAUCUACAGAGAAAUCUAAUAAAAUCCCAUGUGGGAAUUUUUCUGGCAGAAGUUUUCUUCCAAUAGAACAGCCAAAGUUGUUCAUUGAUGAUGCUGCCUCAGUUAGUAGGAGCCCAUCAACUCCUUCUAAAGGAAAUCAGGAUCAAACAGUUUCAUGUGGCUCAUAUAAUUUACCAGUUACACAGCUUAGCUUUUCUUCUCAGCAGGAGAAGCUGUCUCCAACACUCUCAGCAGGUAGUGCUUCUGUUGCUUGUGGGAACCCUGUUUCCAAUGGACCUGUAGUCUCGAGCAAAACGCGAAUAAGAUGGACUCAGGAUCUUCAUGAAAAGUUUGUAGAGUGUGUGAAUCGCCUAGGAGGUGCUGAGAAGGCAACACCAAAAGCUAUAUUGAGGCUGAUGGAAUCAGAUGGAGUGACCAUAUUCCAUGUUAAAAGCCAUUUGCAGAAAUAUAGAAUUGCCAAAUAUAUGCCUGAGUCAACUCAUGGGAAAUCUGAGAAAAGAACCCAUGUAGAGAAUGUGCAUCUUGAUGCCAAAACCGGCUUGCAAAUUAGAGAGGCACUUCAGCUGCAGCUAGAUGUUCAGAGGCGUCUUCAUGAACAGCUAGAGAUUCAGAGAAAAUUACAGUUACGGAUUGAGGAACAAGGUAAGCAGUUGAAGAUGAUGUUUGACCAACAGCAGAAGACAAGUAAUAGUCCCUUGAAUACUCAGAAUUUGGGCACUACAACUAAUAUUGAUAUACCAAUGAGACCUAAAGAUGUUCAGGUUUCCAUUUCUGAAGGGUCUGAAACUCCUUAUUCACUUCCAAGAUAAGUUAGCUCUUCAAUCUCAUAAUUUUAUUGCUCUAUGCAUAGGCAAUUAAUUGCAGUGACAGUGUGCCAACAAAUCUUACUACUUGUAAGGGAGUCAA